AGUUCCACUCCAAUCUUCAUAUACAGUAUCACUCUACUAUAAAUACCCCCUCAUUCCCAUCCUCCACCGUCGUCCCCAAACCCCGCCCAAAAUCACCCAAUUAACCCAAUGUCGCCGGCGACGAUAACCUUUGCCGCCCUGAUCGUCAUGGCGGCGAUCUACUGCGGAACGAACCCUUUCAAUCACGGAGCCAUGGCCGGAUUUCCGGGCUUCGAGACCUACAAGGUGGAGCUCCCUCCGGCGACUGCGGUGCCGGCGGAUGCGGUGGAUUCCGAUGACCGGCUCACGGCGGCGGAGGUGAGGUUCAUGAAUCAGGUGCAGGGGCCGGAGAGCAUCGCCUUUGAUCCCACCGGCGGAGGGCCUUACACCGGCGUUGCGGAUGGUAGGGUUUUGUUCUGGGACGGGGAGCGGUGGAGGGACUUCGCCUUCACUUCGCCAAACAGGUUAGAUUGUUCCGUCACUGUCUAUUUGGUAGCUUCCUAUUAAUUGAAUUCAGACAUUGUUUG